UUGACGUCACUGAGGCGCCCUGGCUCUCCCGAGCCGCUAGUACUGCUGGUAAAAAGAUGGGAAAAUCAGAUAGCCUUUCAUCGAAAAAUUAACAUAAAAUGCCAGCUUUUACCACACAUGUCCGGAUGCUAGAAGACUGAGCUCCAGCAACGAUUUGAGCUCCACUAGACAACAAAAAAGAUUUAUUUAUAACUCUGGGAAAGUCUUGUCACAUCUUCAGUUCCUGAAGUAAAGAGGAGCAGGCUUUUUUUUUAAAUAACAUGAAUAUUGUGUCCAGCACCUGCAGUUGAAGCGGCAUCGUCGGCAACACUCGACUGUUUCAAGGCAGCGCCACAAGAUCUGACAGGAUUUACCUACAUCUGUUCGUCUGUUGGCUCCUUCGCUAGUUAGCAGAAGAUGUACGGUAGCGCCCGCUCUGUUGGCAGAGGGGAUGCCAAAAACGGUGGAGGAAGAGACGGAGGCAGUGGUGGUAAUCAGGGAUCCGGCCGUUCGCCGCGCCUCCCUCGAUCUCCUCGGAUGGGACACCGACGCACCAACAGCACCGGCGGCAGUGGAGGAGGUCCAGCAGGAGCGAGCGGGAAAACUCUCUCCAUGGAGAACAUCCAGUCCCUCAAUGCUGCCUAUGCCACAUCAGGACCCAUGUACCUGAGUGAUAACGAGGUUGCCAUGGCGGGCGACCACAUACCCAAAAGUGGUGUGACGGUGACUGCCUCAGGGCGACAAAGGGUGACAUAUGGAUCGCGAGGAAGCAGCGGUGGAGUCGUGGCUGCUAGCACUCCCAAUAUCUCCACCACAGUGCCUGCUAACGCAGUGCUGCCAGCAGGCAUGAUGGCAGGGGAUGCGCUGGCGUUCGGGGACCACCACAUGGCCUCCACAGUGCCACACUCUCUAAGGCAGGCCAGAGACAACACCAUACUCGACCUGCAGGCCCAACUUAAAGAGGUUCUGCGUGAGAACGAGUUGUUGCGGCGAGAAGUGGAAGUGAAGGAGAGCAAGCUGAGUUCAUCCAUGAAUUCCAUCAAAACCUUCUGGAGCCCGGAGCUGAAAAAGGAGCGAGCCCUCAGGAAGGACGAAGCUUCCAAGAUCGCCGUUUGGAAGGAGCAGUAUCGCGUUAUUCAGGAUGAAGCACAGCAUCUCCAGAUGACUGUUCAAGCCCUUCAGGAUGAGCUGAGGAUCCAGAGGGACCUGAACCAGCUGUUCCAGCAAGACCCCACCAGCCAGGGAAGGGAGCUGGCCCUCACAUCUGAACCCACAGAAGAGAACUACCGGAGGCUACAUGCUGAGCACGAGAGGCAGGCCAAGGAGCUCUUCCUCCUGAGGAAGACGCUGGAAGAGAUGGAGCUGAGGAUUGACACACAGAAACAAACCUUGGUCGCCAGGGACGAGUCCAUCAAAAAGCUUCUGGAGAUGCUGCAGAGCAAAGCUCCAUCUGCCAAAGCGUCAGAGGAAGACCAGGAGAGGACCAGGAGGCUGGCUGAUGCAGAAAUGCAUCGGCAUCACCUGGAGAGUUUACUGGACCAGAGAGAUCGAGAAAUCACCGCCCUCAGAGAGCAGGAGCUUCAUCGUCGCUACGAAGGAACUCCAGAGUCGACCAAAACAAAGGCUUUACAGACUGUUAUCGACAUGAAGGAUGCAAAAAUCAACUCCAUGGAGCGGAGCCUGAGGGACAUGGAGGAGGAGCUGCUCAUGAUGAAGUCCAACGGACUUCUGAGCUGCGAGGAGCGGCAGGAGGAGAUGAAACAGAUGGAGGUGUACCGCAGUCACACCAAGUUCAUGAAAAACAAGAUGGAGCAGGUGAAGCAGGAUCUCUCCAGGAAGGACACUGAGCUGCUGGGUUUGCAGACUAAGCUUGAGACCUUAACUAACCAGUUCUCAGACAGCAAGCAGCACAUCGAAGUCCUCAAGGAGUCUCUCACUGCCAAGGAGCAGCGUGCUGCCAUCUUACAAACAGAAGUCGAUGCCUUACGCCUGCGCUUGGAGGAGAAGGAGGCAACUUUGAAUAAGAAGAGCAAGCAGAUCCAAGAAAUGUCUGAGGAGAAGGGAACCCUGAACGGAGAAAUUCAUGACCUCAAGGACAUGCUGGACGUUAAGGAGCGCAAAAUUAAUGUGCUGCAGAAAAAGAUUGAGAACCUGCAAGAGCAGUUGAGGGACAAAGAGAAGCAGAUGAGCAGCUUAAAGGAGAGGGUGAAGUCCUUGCAGGCGGACACUUCAAACACAGACACGGCACUCACAACACUUGAGGAGUCUCUUGCGGAAAAGGAGCGAAUCAUCGAGCGUCUGAAGGAGCAGCGGGACAGGGACGACCGAGAGAAGACGGAGGAGCUCGACUGCUCCAAGAAGGAACUGAAAGAGCUGAAGGAGAGGCUGAGCUUACUGCAGGGAGACCUGUCAGACCGAGAGACUUCCCUGUUGGACCUGAAGGAGCACGCUUCAUCUCUAGCCUCUUCAGGACUCAAGAAAGACACCAAACUCAAGAGUUUGGAAAUAACCUUGGGGCAGAAGAAGGAGGAGUGCCUCAAACUGGAGAACCAACUAAAGAGAGCUCAAAAUGCGGCACUGGAAGCUCAAGCCAACACAGAGCUGGCGGAGCGCAUCAGGAACCUGGAACAGGAAGUGGUCCGACACAGAGAGGAUUCUGGGAAGGCUCAGGCAGAGGUGGACCGCCUCCUCGAGAUUCUUAGAGAAAUGGAGAACGAGAAGAACGAUAAGGACAAAAAGAUCAGCGAGCUGGAGAGUUUGGCCUCCAGGCAAAUGAAGGACCAGACGAAAAAGGUGGCCUCCCUGAAGCACAAGGAGCAGGUGGAGAAAAGCAGGAAUGCUCGACUGAUGGAGGAGGCCAGGAAGAGGGAGGACAACCUGUCCGAAUCGUCCCAGCAGGUGAAGGACACUCUGCGUCAGAAAUCAGAGCGCAUUGAGGAGCUGGAGGAGGCUCUGAGGGAGAGCGUUCAAAUCACUGCUGAGAGAGAGAUGGUGCUGGCGCAGGAAGAGGCUGCUCGAUCGCUGCAGGAAAAACAGAUGGAGGAGCUGCUGGGUGCCAUGGAGAAGGUGAAACAGGAGCUGGAGUCCAUGAGGGCCAAGCUGGCGUCUACCCAGCAGUCUCUGUGUGAGAAGGAGGCCCACCUCACAACCCUGAGAGCUGAGCGCAGGAAACACCUGGAGGAGGUGCUGGAGAUGAAGCAGGAGGCCCUUCUGGCCGCCAUCAGUGAGAAGGACGCUAACAUCGCGCUGCUGGAGUUGUCGUCCUCUAAGAAGAAGAAGACGCAGGACGAGGUGGCUCAGCUGAAGCGAGAGAAGGACAGACUGGUGCAGCAGCUCAAGCAGCAGACUCAGAACAGAAUGAAGCUGAUGGCCGACAACUACGAAGAUGAUCAUUUGAAGGCUGCACACGACCACACAAAUCACAAACCCUCUCCGGAUCAGAUGAUACCCCCUCUUCUUGUCCUGUCCCAGAACCGCAGUAAGCUCAAACUCUACAUCGCCCACCUGACAGACCUCUGCCAUGACCGAGACCCCAGCAUCCUCAGCCAGCUCACGCCUCCGUCUCACUACCACCACAGCGACCCUGAAGACUGGGAGGAGGAACUUCGGAAAAUGAGCGACGAACAGUUGAAACGGGAAACUGAGGUGUGUGAGAAGGAGAACGGGGAGCUGCAGGAGUUUGCCAAUUCAGUUCUCCAGCAAAUCGCAGACUUCUGCCCCGACAUCCUGGAACAGGUGGUCAACGCGCUGGAGGAGUCGUGCUGAAAAAUCUGACUUUGGACUUAAGCAAGCGGAGCCCAGGAAACCCCGACCUCCAUCCAAGAAGAAGAGAGCUGGCUGAGGCGUCAUCUUCUCCACCCUGCGUCAAGUUUUCCAGGAAGCUGAAGUGCUUUUCUGUCUCUUGUGUCACUCCGAGGUCAGGCUGGCUGCAUCAAAAUAAGGAAAUUCACAAAGCAACACUUUGAAGACAUGUUUUAUUGAGGGAGGAGAACUAAAGCACACACAGUGGGGCGAUCUUUAUCCUUUAGCGUAGCCGCAUUGUAAAAGAUGUUCCAGAUGAAAGAAGGGAGCCUCACAAAGCCUUACCUCCAGCCGGAACUGACCUUCAUGAGGCACUUUUGUCUCAGGCUUUUACCUCUUUUAAUCAUCUCUCAAGCCUUUCAUGUUAAAAGGGGAACACGGAUCCCAUCCUUUGGGACAGAAAAGCACUUUUUAAAAAAAAUUUCUGGGGGAGCUGCUACACCCAAAGGAGGCAGGGUGGAGUCGAGUUCAGAGGCGAGGCAUGGCGCCGUGUAGACGUUUGUUUUCAGUCUCGCGUUACCUGUCGUAGCGCCAUCUAAAUGCCACUUUUUAACUGGAAGAGCUCCUGAAGCCCUAGUGUCGGUACGUUACUGUGUCGUCAGUGGCAUUAGAGGGGGAUCAAGGCUCAGCCUUUCAUAGAAGAUCUGAGUUUAGUUACUAUGUUUAUAACCGAGGAGAGGAUUUAGGGGGAGAAAGCUUUUCUUAAUUUCUCGAUGGUUUUGCACACAGCGUCCACUUGUUUAUGAGGUAUGCAAUGUUUCUUUCUUUUUUUUUCUUUUUUUUGAGAACGUUCUCGUGGCCUUGGAGCAUGCACAGAGAUCAGUACAGGACCUAAAUGCAGAGGCUUUUCCGCCUCUGUAAUACUGGUGCUAUGGCAUGAUGUAAGAACUGAUCCUCAUCCAAAGUUUCUAAAGGAGUUCCUUAAAGCCCACAUACCGACGGCCCUUUUUUUGUAUGCUCAGAUGCCUCUGUUGGUGUUUGGUUCUGUUUGUUUUCUUAUUCAGGGCUGAGUUUUUUAAUUACUAAGUGCAUUGAUUGACAUUUACAGAGGAAACGAAAGUCACUUUUCAAGCAGAUUUUGACUUUUUAAGAUAAGUUUGUAAAUAACGUGAUAUUCAACACGUACAGUAACUGAAUAAAAGUAAUAACGUGGAAGGUGUAUCGUGCAUUCUUAAAAGACAAAAAAAUCUGAAAAGUUCAAAGCAGUGAAGUUGUCUUUUGUGUCUAAUUUUGUCUCCUGUGACAGUGCUGCCAUAAAUUGCAGAAAGUCUAUGUUCUAUAGAUAAAUAUAUAUAAAGAAGAUAUAUCAAAAGUUUACUGUAUCAAUAUGCAUUGAAUGUUUGCACAGAAUCUCCAAGAGUGAGUUGCUCUGAACAAAAUAAGUGUUCUCAGCGGAAACUGAGGGAAAAAAAAUAACGUGUCAAAAUAAUGUGUGAACUAAAGACGUUUCAAACCGUGUCUAUGUGAUGGGAAGGUAAAUUCUUUUUAGUUUAUUUCUAAUCGGGGUUUUUUUUUCAAAUAAUUAUGCUCGCCAAACGGUGGCGCUGUCCUAAGACGCCCAUGUUGUCUUUUCUUAGUCGAUGGUUUUUGUUGGUGACCCUGAUGCAUAAAAACGAGUCUCCGGCUGUCGUAGCUCUCCUGCUAUCAGUGAUUAUAUUCAGCGGGUGUCAGAGUGAGAACCAAAGACACGGCUGGAGGUCAGAAAUGAGAGUUGGAUGCUUGUUUUUCUCUGUCAAACUGACUGAAGAGCUGUUUCUUCCCCUUUAGCUCCUUACAGCUGAAUUCAAAGAUUAUUCUAGCAGUGUUUCAUUCCCCUUUACAUUGGCCUCGCUUUCCUUUUCCUUCAACUUUUUAACUGGGAACACAGAGCUAAUCAAGGGGCUUUAAGUUUGAUGUAAGUUUUUGCAUUUGUAAAAAAAAAAAAAAAAAAAAUGUACUGCUGUCUGUUAAUGUCAAGAAUCAAACUGAAUUAAAAAAAAAAAGACAUGUUGGUUACAUGGAUUUUGUAUGUAUGGAAAAGAAUAAAUUAUGAGCCUCGUU